AUGGGCAAUAAGCUAUCAUGCUCUUGCGCGCCUAUCCUCCGCAAGGCGUACCGAUAUGAGGACAGCCCGUGGCAAAAUUCCCGAAGACGUGACGGACACCUGCUAAGACUAUGGGCGGAGGUAUUUCACGUGUCAGCCAGUGGUGCUGGGACGGUGAAGUGGCAGCAGGUCUCCGAGGACCUGGUCCCCGUUAACAUCACCUGCAUCCAAGACUCGCCAGAAUGCGUGUUUCACAUCACCGCGUACAACUCUCAAGUGGACAAGAUACUCGAUGUUAGACUAUUACAACCGGGUACCCGUAUUGGACAAGCGUCCGAAUGCUUCGUGUAUUGGAAAGAUCCCAUGACGAACGACACUUGGGGCCUCAACUUCACGUCUCCAAUCGACGCCAAACAAUUCAGAGAAUGUUGCUCGCCUUCAUUUAAAUUCUCACGGAAGGCAUCUUCGAGCUACAGCCUGAAGCUGGAGCCGCCGGGGAGCAAACAGAAGUUCAAGACCAAGAGGAAACCAGUCUCUACUCCGGCUAGUCCUAAUCGAUCCAGCCUAAGCUACGGUCGUGAACCUCAGUGUACUUGUAUGACUCAAGAACAAUACGCAAGAUUGAGAGCACAGGAUCCGAGAUAUCGUUCAUCAACAUUACCGCGUACCACCACUCGCGCUAUAGAGACGGAUGCGGCUGCUGCUGCUGGGAGGUCGGACAAAGUUGCUGCAGCUACCUCUUCUACGUCACUGUAUGACAAUGUUGCCACCACUCAGCCAAGCGCUCAGCAGCCACCGAAGCCGGCAGCACGCCAGAGUGAUGCUCAACCGCCAGCUCGCCCCCCGAAGUCCCAAGAGACCUCGACAAUGACUACCAACACGUCUACAGCACCGAAAACGGUUACAGCAUCUGUGGGGACACAUGGCAAUAACACUGCCGAAGAAACUACUCAAGUGUCGAGUACAGGUGCAUCUAGUCAACACGGGCAGGACCUGAAAUCUGAGGGCGUUCAAGCUGGAGGUACCUUGACAUCAUCCAAAUCUUCUGCUACUUCGACUCGAGCUGGGAAAGAGCACUUACAGCAUAUGCCUAAAAGCAUUGAUUAUGGAGAUGGAAAUGAAUCGGGCCGUGAGUCUGACAGACAUAUUCACAAUCACAAUGUGAUCAAUAACAAUACGUCUGGGUCACGUCGCACAAAGUCCAAAAGCACUGAGGACAUGAAUAUGGACUCAAACACCUUAAAACGAAUGCUCAAACCCAUGCCGUCGACCGAGAGUCCCAUCACGUCACCGGAGAUGGGUCGUCGGAGGUACGCGGCCUGCCCAUCAUCAUGCUCCCACUCACACAGACAGCAGCAUCCGCAUCACGGCCACUAUGCCCACGUCAUCAACAACAACAGUCGCCAGCCACAGCGGUAUUCUUCGGCAAGUCGAGGCGUUGGCGUCGGAGCAGCGCCAAGUGGCUACCCUGGUCGUGGCCUUUACUUGGAGCUGGGUGGUGGUGAGAGAGACGUGUCUCCGCCUUCAGACAACGUGAUGUUUGAUAACCAAUGCUACGCUACCACACCUUCCUCGUCUAACGGGAACUCUGAUCAGGAACAUUGUCAGCGUAGAGAUCCUAGACAACAUCACCAUAUGAAGCCAUGUCUGUCUCGCCAAGCUUCGCAGCAGAGUGCAACGCCAGCUCCUGGUUCUCCCACUUCACGACUUUUGCUUGAAUAUGAGAUGCACCUCAGGAACACCUUGGCUAAAGGAAUGGACGCUGAAAGCUACAGCUUGCACACUUUCGAAGCUUUGCUGAGCCAGAGCAUGGAGGAUUUGGAAUACAACGACAAUCUGCCUCCAUCAAACCAGCGUAGUCCUUAUCCACCGCGCAGGCGUCCUGGAUCUCAGUGCUCAGGUGGAGGCAGUCGUUCUUCCACCUUACCUUUGCCACAUCGAAUGGGAGUCGAAAGGCAGCACAGCGCGCGUUCAGAUCGGGACGGUUAUUACAGCGAUCGCAAUGAAUUGAUGAGGGAACGAGAGAGGGAGAGGGAACGCGAGAGGGGCUAUUUGAGCGACCACAAUACCAGGGAUAGAGUAAGGGACCGUGAUCAGGGCUACCUAAGCGAUCAUCAGUCAAGCUUCGUGAGUGCAUCCCGAUGUGCAUCAUGUAUUGGGGAAUCAGCGCGAUCAGCUUGGUACCGACAUUCAGAUGGCUGGAGGGGACAGCAUCCGCCAGGGCCACGAAGAUCGCCUUGGGAUUCCCUGCCGAGCUUACGACACGAAGGCAGCCUCAACGAUUCGGGAUAUAGAAGCAAUCGGGCCGAUAGUUUUGAACAACGUGGUAUGUUCGACCGCCAGGACAGCAUCCGUUCGGAAUAUACAAGCGAUCGUGAAUCGACCCGCUACGGUAUAGUGCAGCAGGCCUCAAUCGACAGCACCGAUUCCAGAAUAUGCUACUUAACUUCGAGUGAGAGUGUUAGGCGGAUACAGGGCAGUGGGCACACAGGCGCCGCGGCGCCGCCCGCCCUACGGCGCGCCUGCUCCGAAAUCGCCCGACGAGUCGACGAUCGUUUCGAGCCGAUGUUUGACGAAGGCUGCGAUGAGCCAGUCGCAGUGAGCACCUCUCGGGCGUUGGAACCGUUCUGUGCAUACGGUGUGCGGUUAUGUAACUCAACUUAUUUAUUUAUCAACUAA